CCCAGCCGCCUCCCCUCCCCGGACCAUGCCGGACCGUGACGGCCGCGACGGCUACGCCGGCCCCGGCGGCGGCGGCAGCGGCGACGAGGCGUCCUCGGGCGCCGACGACAUCUGCCGCGACUUCCUGCGCAACGUCUGCAAGCGCGGCAAGCGCUGCCGCUUCCGGCACCCCGACAUCUCCGAGGUCACCAACCUGGGCGUGCGCAAGAACGAGUUCAUCUUCUGCCACGACUUCCAGAACAAGGAGUGCGUGCGCCUCAACUGCCGCUUCAUCCACGGCACCAAGGAGGACGAGGAUUCCUACAAGAAGACGGGCGAGCUGCCGCCGCGCCUGCGCCAGAAGGUGGCGGCCGGCUUGGGUUUGUCGCCGGCCGAUUUGCCCAACAGCAAGGAGGAGGUGCCGAUCUGCCGGGAUUUCCUCAAGGGGGAUUGCCAGCGCGGCGCCAAGUGCAAGUUCCAGCACCUGCAGCGGGACUACGAGUACGAGGCGCGGGGCCGCGAGCAGGGGCUGGGCCCCGGCGGCCGCCGCUACGAGCCCUACGACGGCCUCUACGAGCCUGACGAGCCGGUGCUGAAACGGCGGCGGGCCGAGGGGCUCUACGAGAGCUACGAGUACGGCUUCGCCAGCCCGCGGGCCGUGGAGUACCGGCUGCUGGAGGAGGAGAACGUGCUGCUGCGGAAGCGCGUGGAGGACCUCAAGAAGCAGGUCAACAACCUGCUGGCCACCAACGAGGUGCUGCUGGAGCAGAACGCUCAGUUCCGCAACCAGGCCAAGGUGAUGACGCUCAGCUCCACGGCCACGGCCACCGAGCAGACUCUGGCGCCCACGGUGGGCACGGUGACCAACUACAACCACAGCAUCGCCCAGACGCACACCACGCUCAGCAGCCAGGCCCUGCAGCCUCGCCCCGUCACCCAGCAGGAUUUGGUGGCGCCGGCGGGCGCCCAGGCGGCCCCUCCGGCCAACGCCGCGCCGCCCAUGAACCCCGAGAUCGCGCCGCUGUCGGCGGCGCUGGCGCAGACCAUCGCGCAGGGCAUGGCGCCGCCGCCCGUCUCCAUGGCGCCCGUGGCCGUGUCGGUGGCGCCGGUGGCCGUGUCCAUGGCGCAGCCGCUCGGCGGCAUCACCAUGAGCCACGCCACCACGCCCAUGGUCACCUACCCCAUCGCCUCGCAGAGCAUGAGGAUAACGGCCAUGAGAGACUGACCGCUGGGGACGGACGGAUGGACGGACGGACGCGGCGCGGGGUGUGCCACCCCCUCCCGGUGCUGGAGGGGGGCGGUGGGUGCGGCCCCCGGAGCGCCGUGGGCGGACUGAGCGCCGGGGGUGGCGCCGGGGAUGGCUCCCGGUGCCCUGUAAUGUUUUCGGCUAUUAAAACAAACAAAAAAAACCCAAAAAAAAGCCCAAACCCGCACGGGCCCGGCUGUGCCGGUAGGGCCGGGGAGCUGGGGGGACACCGGGACACCGGGACCGGGACCCGGACACCGGGACCGGGACACCGGGGCAGCGGGGGACGCGUGACGUGGCCACGCCCCUCACCGAGACCACGCCCACAUAGUAAAUAAAGGCGUGG